AAUUUAACACACCAUUUAAUAUAUGUAUUAUAAUAUUUCACCUAGUCUUAAGCUUCUUUCUUUAUCAAAGAAAGGAUGAACAAGUGUACGGGUCAUCUGAUUGCCCACAUUUUCUUGCAACAUCAGAGUAAUCACAAAAGUGUUUCCUUCUCUUUAAAAAAGUUACACACUUUUUUUUGUAGGUACCCAUGCCAUAUCGCACUGGGAACACUGCACAAGAAAGCUCAUGCCACAGCUUGGUCCUACAUUGGAGAAAGUUCGUUGAAUACCGCAUUCAGAUGAGGAUGAUAUCCUAAUUUAUGGUGUGUUGUGCAAAGGUGGAAUUCACAAUCAGGUCAAGCAGUUGUUCGCAACUCUCCCAGCAAUGCCAAGUGAUCUAGCCGUGUCUUCAAAACUCUCCCCGUGAUAAUUGUGGUAGAAGAAGGCACACAAUGAAGCAACAUCCCUACUUAACACCAAGUUAUCUAGUCGUUCACAGAGCACAGGGUCCCCCACAAUUUGAGCUGCUCUGUGUUGCACACAGUUAAAUGGUUUGAGCUGAUACUGGGGUGUGCCAGACCAGAGAUGACAGCAAUACUCCAUGUGUGGCCGGACCUGCGCUUUGUAGAGUGCUAGAAUUUGGGCAUUCUUUAAGUAUUGUCAAUCUAACGCUCAGCUUGUUCGAAGCUAAAGUCCUACCAAAUAACCAUGGAAUUGGCAAUCGCUUGAGAUUUUGAGACACAGAAUUCCGAUUCUAGGCGAAGCUUUAAGGGAAGUGUUGUCAAAGAGUGGUGAUACGACAAAUGGCGUUCUUUUGCGAUUUUCAAGAGAGUACUCAAUACAAGACACUAGUCAGUUCUCAAGUAUUCCAACAACCAAAUUACUGUACUUUUGGCGAAGGAGAAAUCUAAUGGUAAAACCUUUAUUAAAAGAAGCUGGUAUUGGUGGAAUAAUACUUGAAAACCCUUUUUAUGGACUUCGGAAACCAACUGACCAAAUACGAUCAUCUCUACACAAUGUUUCGGACAUAUUCGUGAUGGGAGGUUGUUUGAUUCUGGAAUCUCUGGUCUUGUUUCACUGGUGUGAGAGAAAUGGACUCGGCCCACUGGGUGUCACCGGACUCUCUAUGGGUGGACAUAUGGCUUCUUUGGCUGCUACUAACUGGCCCAAACCUCUUGUCUUAGUUCCAUGUCUGUCUUGGUCGACCGCUUCUGCAGUUUUUCUUCAGGGAGUAAUGUCGCAUUCUAUAAACUGGGAUUUAUUGGAAGACCAGUAUCUAUCUGAUGGUAUUUACCGAGAAAAGUUGUCCAAAAUGGUGACUAUAAUCGAUGAAGCAUUUCUUGCGGGCAAAAAGUUUGCUCGGACCUACAGCCAAAAUAUACGAUGUUCACUUCAGAAAUCGCCCACGCCUUUAGUUGACAAUAUAAAAGUUGAAACACCCUACUCAAGUUUAGAUAUAACAUACAAAGAAUGUGUUAGUGAUACAAAGAGUCGGAAUACAGGUAUAGAUGCAACGAAAUCUGUUAGAGAGAAAUCUGUGAGAGAGAAAUUAAAUGAAGACAUUAAGUCGUUGUUGGAACAAAAUAAAAUUAGCGAGAGUUUACACAACAAGUUGACUUCGAAUAAAAAGUUUGAGUUGGACCCUGAAGAGAUAGAUUUGAUAAACAAAUUGAGUGAGAAUAAGUUAAAAGAGGCCAUUCUUAAUGUGUGUAAUAUGGAUAAAAGUAGUACAGAAAAUAAUGAAAAAGUUGAAACUAAAGCAGUAACAUCGGCUGCUAAAAAGAAAUCGUGGAAUGUGUCGGACCUUACAUCAGAUUUGUGGUUAAAUCUACCAUUUACGAGAUCAAGUGGGAAGAAGAUAGACAUAGGAAAAAUACACUGGAGAGACAGAGAAACACUGCAGUUUAUGAGAGGGAUUAUGGAUGAGUGCACGCACCUUAGUAACUUCUCUGUGCCUUUUGAUACAUCUCUUAUUAUAGCUGUGUGCGCCAAACAUGAUGCGUACGUGCCUCGUGAUGAUGUAGGCACCCUGGAGGAGAUCUGGCCCGGGGCGGAGGUGCGCUACGUGGACGCGGGACAUGUGUCUGCCUACAUACUGCAUCAGUCUCUCUUUAGGUCUUGUAUCAAAGAAGCAUUCGAACGCUCGAAGAAAAAAUGGCGGGACGGCAAACACGUUGAUUGAGGAACAAUUAAUUAAUUUAUUGGGGAUAUUAGAUAGAUAAACCUACAAGUAGAAAUUAGAACGGUUUGAUACUGAACAAAACGUGAUGAUGAGAGGACUUGUCAGCACAUUUUUAAGUAAUUUAUUUUCUCGGAACUCCUUUAGAAUUAUUUUUGUCCAGUCAAUACGCUAGGCACCAUCGAUAAUUGCCGAGAUGAGACUGAAGAGACAUUACAUUGACUUUUAAAAAACUAAUAAUAAAUUAAGUGCAAAAUAGCGACGCAAGAGCUGAUGAUCCCGUUGUCUAAUAAUUCUUCAGUCAUUUAAUGUUCAACCGCAGGCCUCGUCCCGAAACUACCAGGCCGCUAGACCGAUUGCCUUGUUACCUACUUCAUUUUCGAAAAUUACCUACUCUUGAGAAUUGCUCGCAUUUAAGUUCCUAAAUUUGAGUUUGAUGAACUUAAUUCAUCAUUGCACCUACCUCCAUUGGGAGGCUCCUUUGCACAGGAUGCCGGCUAGAUUAUGGGUAACACAACGGCACCUAUUUCGGCCGUGAAGCGUAAUGUAUAAGCAUUACUCUAUUUCGGUCUGAAGGGCGCCGUACCUAGUGAAAUUACUGGGCAAAUAAGACUUGACAACUUAUGUCUCAAGGUGACGAGCGCAUUUUUAGUGCCGCUCAGAAUUUUUGGAUUUUUCAAUCAUCCUGAGCGGCACUGUAUUGUAAUAGGCAAAGUGUAUCAAUUACUGAGCUGAACGUCCUGCUCGUAUCGUCCCUUAUUUUCGUAAAAAAAACCUAUUGUGCCAUUUCUUCGCCUUUGUUUGGGCUGUUUGGAAAACUAGGGUAUUAAUAAAGCCUUAACCUCUUUUAGGAGAUGCCUCAAUUUUUAUUGUGUUAGAAUAAGAUGCCUAAGAGUUAAAGACUGGGUGCCCUACCACAGACAGGAUUCAAUUUUUUUGUCUUGAGUCAAAUUUUGAGUAGGUGCCCAAUCAGCGUACGAUAUGCAGACAGAAAAUAUAUGUCCCUUAAGCGCCAUUGAGUAAUGUUUGAUGGUAUUAAGAAUAAUAAUUUAAAUCCGAUACAAACACAUUCUUUUCUGUACUAUAGAAAUAUAAUAUAUGUCGAUUUCGAAAUUCGAACCAAAGCCAUUUUCAGAUAUUUCCUCAGAUCAUUAAAAAUGUCCCUUUGACGUUGAGACUUAGAAUAAUAUACGUAAAAUAUUUUCGAGCUUAUUGUGAAUCGGCUUGAUCCCCUGCCCUUGAUAGGUGCAGACAAAUGUCUGUCUAUGUCUGCAUCUAACAUGACAAUAUAAUAUAGUCUAUCUAAAUUUAUACUUAAAAUAUUAAGUAUGUCGUUCAGUUUUUUUUUGUUACCAUUUUAUUAAAGAUGUUACACGGUGUUAUGACUACGAUUAUGUUUACCAAUAGGAAUGCAGUUUCUGAGCUGAGUUGUAGAUAAAUACUUAGUUAUUCUAAAAGAAAUCUACACAAAUCGAAGUGGAUGAUGUCUCGCCAACCUAACUUCGGUUUAUGUUUUAUUAACUAUUUCUAGUUGUAGAACAACUUAAGCGGAUUUAUUGCUCAAACCAAGUGUUUUAAUUAAGAGCGAUGUAAGAUUUAGUCUCGUUCCACCGUUUGGCGACUCAACAGCUCCUAAAGAUGCGUCGUAUAAAGGCGAACCAAUUAUCGCAGUGAUUUAGUGAACAUUAGGAAUUAACUUGAAACCGUCAUUUAUAACUUUUAAAUAUUAACUGUUUUACUAUGACAUCUGUUUUAUCAUUGUUUAUUGUCUUGUAAUAAAGGUCUGACGUCGCUUUCAAGACAAGUUUGAUGUAAUGGUGAAAUACAUAUUGUAAAUUCAGUAGAACGAAAAGAGUUGUAAUUGUUUUCAAUACCGCUAGAAAUAAUGUUAAGGUCUACAAAGCUAACAUUUCUAUUUUUCUUUCAUUUCACUCUAUUGUUCGCCACACAUUCACAUCAUUUAUGAAACUAGAUUCCUUGUCUAUGGUAAAUCAUUUAAUUUUUAGAGAAAAGAAAAAUAUAGAAUGGCAAAUUUUGUUCAAGUGCUUUAGUUAAUUUUCGGAUUUAGAUAUUUAUGUUUUGUUAAAUUUUUAGUCUAGUCUUGUAUGUUACUAAUGGGUUUAACCUGUAGAUACAAAAGCCAAAUUUAAUGCGUGAUUUUGUUGAAAUUAUGGAUACUAACCAAAUUUAUAGCAAAAUGAUUUAAAAAUUUGUUUAUCCGUAAGGCAUACCUGUAACUACAUGCAUUAUAAUUUACCUUAUUAUGUAUAUAUAUAGUCACGUAAUACAGUGAAACCGCACUCUAACAAGGCCUAAGGUAACUUGGAAAUAUUACUUGAUCACUAAGGUUAUAUCGAUCUUACAUAAGGUAAACAACAGAUGUUACAUUGGUCCCAUGCGUUGUAUGACAGGUCACAAAAAUCGUUUAAGGUAACACAUAUUAUUGUAUUAUUAUAAUAAACCUUAGAUUAAGGAUUGGUCUCCGCUGCGCUCCAACUAGAUACCGCACUACCUAAGAACAAUAGCUUUUUUUAUUAUGGCAACUAUUAGAUGCUGGCAUUGGCAUUUUUCGAUUUUUUUAUUUUACAUUGAAGUUAAUAAAUUACAAAAUACUUACUGAUGAUAUGUGAUCCCAGUGUCUUUCUUAUUUAUUUUAGUAUUCUUUUUAAAUCUUUAGUACGCAAUAUUAGUUUCAAUAAUAAGCAAAGUUUAACAGAACAUGUGUCACGUCAACGUCACAUAUUGUUCGAGACUGGCUCGAACUUGGUUGUAGUACCUAUUAGUUGCCGCACUUUGCGACUAUGCCUGCGGUAUCUAGUUUUAGCACAGCGGAGACCAAUCCUUUAUCUAAGUACUAAUCAGUCUAAUUCAAGUUUUUUGUAAAAUUAAUUCAUACUUACAAUAGUAAGUACUUAUCGUUGUAUUUUUUAUGUAAUUAUUACAAACAUCUGGCCGGUCAAGAAGAAUUUUUAUAAUCGAUUAAAAAUUAAUAUUUAUGUAUAAGGUUUCACUGUGUUAUUAGUAUAUAAUCUAUAUAGUUACUUAAUUUAUUAACAAUUUUUCAUAUUUUUUACAAACGUCAAAUGCUCCCACCACAUGCGGUGCCAUGAAUGUUCGUUUCUCCAUCUUCACCAUAACUAAUUCGAUUUAAUAUGAAAAUUUGUUUAUCUAAACACUGCACCAUGAUUUCUAACUCUCUGGUAAAAGCUGUUUAAGUAUGGAAUGUAAAUCGUAUUCUUUGUAUGCCAAUUUUGAAAUUAUCUUAAUGUUAUUUAUUGGUCAACGGAAUAACAUUAUAAUCUCGCUGAAUUUGGCUUGAAAGUAUCGAAUGCCUAGUUUGUAUGCUAUAUAUGCAAAUGGAGUAAAAGUUAAUUUUUAAAGGAAUUAAAUAUGACGACAUGAUAUGAAAGAAACAUUAGGAUAAUACCUCUCUUUCCCAAAAAAAAUACUUAGUACCAAAAAAAAUACCUAAAAUUAUAGUUUUGGUUGGCUCUGAGCUUAAUACAUAUGGGGGUUUCCAUAUUAAUUUUUUUCGAUAUGAUGUAAGUACUAGGUACUAUAUAUAAUAAAAUAUAUAUUUAAAAUGACACGUAACCACCGACUGUACUACAUAAUUGCAAUAAACAUAUCACUUGGUAAGCUUUAGCAUUCAACAACAUUAAUUCGUUAUCUUUCAAAAAAGAGAAGUAUUCUUCAGCAAGCAAUCCGUUACAGUUUUUCGUAUUUUCUC